AUGGUACUCUUCCCCCCACCCCCGAUCACAUUUCUAGCACAAGAACAGGCUGCAAAAAAAGACAAAAUUCAACAGUUGUAUAAGAGAAGCCUCAAAAUAUUGAAACAUUUGAAAAGCAACAAAGAUAAGGAAGAAGCCCACAAGCUCCUUGCCAGAGCAGCAGAAACAGGAAAGCAGAACGUUCUGGAGAAGCUGGCUGCCAAUAUGCUGUUUGGGCACAAAGGUCCUCAAAAUAUAAAAGCUGCCGUAUUGUUAUAUGAGAUUUUAGCCGAAGAAGGGUCUCAUAAAGGCCAGACAGCAUUAGGAUUUUUGCUGUCAUAUGGGAUAGGAGUGGAACAUAAUCACGCAAAGGCACUUUUAUACUACACUUUUGCAAGUAUUGGUGGAAAUCUGAUAUCCAAGAUUAUCUUGGGUUAUCGGUUCAGGCUAGGAAUCAACGUCCCAAAGAACUGUGAGGCGGCUCUUAUGAACUACAGGGAAGCUGCACAUUUCAUUGCUAAACGAUUAGAAAAAAACGAAGAAUUGCCAGUAGAAAAAGUGAGACUGACAGAAAAGCCAGAAAACCAGAGUUUUAGUACAGAAUUCUUAGAUUGGGAUGUAUAUCAGUACUACAGGUUUUUGGCUGAAAGAGGAGACACACAGAUACAGAAAGCCUUCUACUAUUUCCUAAAGGCAGCGAGCACAGGCGAUGCAAAUGGCGUGGCAUUCUUGGGAAAGAUGUAUUUAGAAGGAAGCACUGCUGUGCCUCAGGAUAAUUUUACUGCCUGGAGGUAUUUCAGAAUUGCAGCAGAUAAGGGCAAUCCUGUUGGAUUAUGGGGACUGGGUCUUCUUUAUUUUCGUGGUGGAGUUGUCCAAGUGAAUUACACUGAAGCUUUUAAAUACUUUCAAAAAGCAGCUGAGAAAGGACUGUCAAGUGCCCAGCUUCAGCUAGGAGUCAUGUACCUCACUGGCUUGGGAGUCAGAAAAAAUUAUAAACUCGCCUUCCGAUAUUUUUACUUGGCGUCUGAAAACGGACAAAUCCUCGCAGUUUAUUAUUUGGCUGAAAUGUAUACCUCAGGAACUGGUGUGUUUCGAUCAUGCCAAAAUGCAGUCGAACUCUACAGAAUUGUAUGUGAGCUAGGAAGAUGGUCAGAAAAAUUCCUGACAGCGUAUUAUGCUUACCAGGCUGGGCAGGCCGAUCUGUCUCUGGUGCAGUAUUUAUUUCUUGCCGAAAUGGGCUACGAAAUCGCUCAGAGCAAUUCAGCCUACAUUAUGGAAUCUGAAAAGGUAAAGAUUUUCCACAAAAACCAGAUAUAUCCACUGGCUCUUCUUUUAUGGAAUCGGGCUGCAAAUCAAGGCAAUGCAUUUGCCACAGUUAAAAUGGGAGAUUAUCACUACUAUGGCUUUGGAACGCAGAGAGAUUAUGGUAUAGCGGUAGCUCAUUACAUCCUCGCUGCUAAUCAACGUAGUGCUCAAGCCAUGUUCAAUCUGGCAUAUAUGUAUGAACAUGGUUUAGGCAUUCCUAAGGAUAUACAUUUAGCUAGAAGAUGGUACGACAUGGCGGCAGAAACAAGCGCUGACGCUUUGAUCCCGGUGUUCCUGGCGAGUAUUAAACUAGAAGCUAGCCUUCUGCUCAGCGAACUACAGCUUCUCAAUAUCUGGGGAAGUUAG